UACCGACGUAAAAGAAAAAAAAAAAAAAAGAAGGGAACGCAUUGCUGGUCUUGCAACGCAGAGAUAAACGAUCCAGGAAGACAGCGACACCCUUCGUGUAAAGUAUAAUAAUUAAAAAUUAAGGUGUGGAGAUUCGUGACUGCGGAGCGCAACUCAGGAGUUCUUUCAUUAUUGAAAAAAUGGGCAUUCAAGACUUGCAAACUUUCCUGGAUAGCAAUUGUGUGCAAGGAGGAUCCGUGCCUAUAGAUUUGUUGAAGAUUGCGCGUGUGUUUGCGCAAAAGUCACAACGUAAUCGUGUAAUUAAGGGACAACAGUUGCAUAACUUUGGUAAAUUGAGACUAGUUCUUGAUGGAGAAUGCUGCUUGGAUCGAUUAUACGGUGGAUUCUUCUCAGAUUGGGCUUGCGGCGGACAAUGGAACCGCAUGCUCCAGUUUCUUGCAGUUCUUAUACAAGCGAUGGAGAUGUCAGGACUAGAAAUAGCUGUAUUCUUUAAUGGGUGUUUUGAACCUCUUCGGCGAGCGGAUUGGGUACAACAUCAAUUGCAAAUGCGUGCUAAAGUUAACAAUGUCCUGAAACACAUAACAACGAAAGGUACGCCGCCGCCGAAAAUCUGGUGGACUCCACCUGUAUGUUUAAGGACAAGUUUACGUAUGGCUCUUAGGCAUCUGAACGUCACAGUUUUGUGUAGCAUGGACGACCAUCACCAGGAAGUCAUUGCAUAUUGUCGUGAGAACAAUUACAAUGGGCUGAUAGCUGAUGAUGCGGAAUACGCUGCAUUUGAUCCUCCACGAUACUUCUCAUCUGAACAAUUGAAACUGACAUACAAGGGUUCUCUUGACACAAAAGAAUAUAUGCUCUCCGAAUUCACUAAAGCCCUCAACAUACCAUCCGACAGGCUAUGUAUAUUAGCAGCUUUACUUGGCAAUUACAUAUUGACUGAAAGCGAUUUGGCCGAUUUCUACAAGAAUCAUAAUAUUAGCACCAAUGUGUUAAACAAGACGAGCGUCGAACAGAUGAUCAAGACGAUUGCAAACUUCGUCAGGGAACUUUCGUCCGUGGAGUUGGAUGUAGUUUCGCAAAAAGUCUUUGGUUCUACCUCGGAUCCAAGGUGUUCUAAAUUGAGACAGUCUGUUCAGUACUAUUUGAAUGGAACAAAAGAGGGAUUUCUACACUAUAAGCCUGUGAAACCAACAAAAGUUCAUAAACUAGAUUCCAAGUCGAGCUCACAGACUCAGUCGAAUCUGUCAGACACGCCGUCAGCCUCGGAAGGAGAUUCCAAUUUGGAGACAUCGAGAUUCGCAUCUGAAACUCUGGAGAGCGAACGCGAGAGUUUGAAUGCAUACAAACAGGCAACCGCUAAUGCCAAAGCAGCGCCGCAAAUUGUGAUCGAUCCACCUGGACUUCAGGGUCAUGGAGAUUCUGAUAGAGACGCCAUACGCACGGAGGAGGAACAAAGUGAUGGACACGCAAUCAACGGUACUCACAAUCUCUUGAUAAGCUCAUCGAGUUCGAGUAGCAGUUCCUCCGCAACGUCACCGUCCCACGCCACGGCCGAUUCUGCGAAACAGCCGGAAAAAACGCCCAAUAUUCCCGUCACAUCGCCGGAGGUCAUGCGUACCGCUUCGGAGCGUCACCAAAAAGGACUGAUGUCGCCGUACAUCUAUCAAAUUCUCAUUGCCGGCGAGAUCAAAUUGCCGGUCCUUCUGGAGGAUGAGAAUCAUCGCGAAUUUCCUUCCAUUCAUGUGAUUUAUAGACCAAUUCGACAAAUGGUGUAUGCGAUUUUGUUCAAUCUUCAUCAUCGAAUGUAUCUAGCUACAAAGAGUAAAGAAAAGGGUGACAGUGAGAAAGUCGAAGUCCCAGAAGUGAUAAUAAAGGAAUGGGUAUGGUCCAAGUCCAACCCAUAUCAAACUCCAGAAUUGGUGAAAGCGGAGCAGAUCGGUUGGGGUGUUCCUACAAUACAACGUUUAUGGUUUGGCACAGUUAUAGAUGAUAAGCGGCGUAGACUUAGGGGAUUCCUAACUUGCAUGAGGUCAGAUACUCCUCUCAUAUUAAAUACCUCAUACGUUCCGCAACAUCUAUUGGUCAUGGCUUGUGUUUUGAGUUUUGAGAUCGCCGGAGUUGUGGUGGGCCAGUGGGGUCCAAAUUAUGGGCAGCCUGGUCGACCCAUGCCGCAACCAUUGCAGGGGCAUCCUCGAGGACGAAUUCCACCACAGGUAACUUCUAUUGGUGGGCUUAAGUACGGUCUUCCCCGUGGAUUCAAUCCGAUAAAUCGACCGACCUUUCAGACACGCGGUACCAAUCGCGCCCCGAUUGCUGGACGUGGAAAGAAGACUCAAAUGAAGGUAACUGGCAAGAAGAAGACUGCUAUUAAGAAAACUACCGAGAAGAAAGACGGCAGAAACCGUGGUACCAUCGCCGAUGAAAUCACAGAUUAUAACGAAAUUGAAAGCGACGAUGCAGCUCGUGCAUUAUUGACAAAAGAUGCAUCGUCGGUACCAGGUCAGUUUGAUGACGCAGUGGAAAAUGGUGGUAAAGGAAUGGAAAAGGGACAAGGCGAUGCACCGCUGGUCACUCCGGUCGCCACGGAAAGCUAGAUGCUACCGACGUACAAAGAGAAAAUUUCAAGAAAACUGUAACUACUUCCCGACCAUGACUCAAGACUGCUAACAAUCUACGUAUAUGUUCUAUGAGCGAUUGUGCAUUAGUAACACUUGAAUAUCCACUUCUGAAAUUGUUAUGCGGAAAUUUUUCAUUCUUGAUAAUAUUAUUAUCAAAAUGUAAUCGAAAAAAUACAGGAAGAUCUAUAUAUUAUUAAGCUGACGUCAGACUAUGCGCGUAUUCGCCAUUCGUAAUUCGUAAUGGUUUGCGGAGAUUCAUGAUUCAUCAGUAUGGAUUCUCACUCGCAAUCUAUGUUCACGAUUUACGACUUCGGCGUUUAUUGAUAAAUAUUCAUUUCAUUAUCAAUUUGACAAUGAAAAUUUUUAUUUUAUUACCAAUUUUGUUUAUUAUGUAAUGAAUAGAAUUUGAAAAUGAUAAUUAAGAUUGUUAUUUAAUGCUAUAAAAUAUCGUUAUAAAAUAUAAAAAAUAACGUUUUAUAAGGUAAAAUUUAUUAUUAGAGAGGAAUAUAAAAUAUAAAUAAAUACAAGCACAUACAAAUGUGUUAUUUAUACAUCACAUAACUGUUUAUUAUAUAAAUAUUUAUGUGCGAUUAUACAUAUAUAUGCAUAUAUAUAUUUAUAUCAUUAUAUUCCGUCAAGAGAGAAUCAUAUUUCGUAUAUUAGAUUUGUUGAUAUUUAAGAACUAUUAUUUUUAACAGCAUCAAGCGACAAUUGUAAUUAUUAUAGUCUUAAUUUAUAUAUCAGAAUAUGCAAAUACAUAAAAAUUUAUUAAAUUUGAUGAUGAAAUGAAUAGUUUAUAUAUUUAUCUUGAUGCAUAGUAUAUCGCCAGCUUUACACAUAAUUGUGAAAAAAGCAUUACCUUAUUUUUCAGACAAUCUAUUAUCAUCAGGAAUUGUUUAUCAGAUAAAUUGGUGCAAUGUCAUGAUUUACACAAUAUUUACUUGCAAUUAUGUGUUAUUUUUUUAGAUUAAAACUUUGUAAAAAAGAUAUAUAUAUAUAAUAUAUAUAUAAUAUAUUAUAUAUACAUAUAUUACAAAGUUUUAAUUUUUCAAAAUUAAAAAUUAUGCAUUUAAUUCGUUAAUAAGUAUUUCUUAGACGAAAGGGAUUUUCGAAGCAUUGAUGACAUCAUUUAAAAGCUGUCUGUUUCUUUAGUGUUACUUGCACAAAAGCUCGAAUGGGUCCAAAAAUAUUGAAAUAUUAAUAAGAGACGAGAGAUCUUUACUUAAAUGGUGUCUCGAUAGUCCGCGACACACGGUGUAAAGAUUUUACCCAUUUUUGACAUGAUGACCUCACUGCCAAACGUACUAUUCUGUAUAAGAUAGAAAGAGAGAAAUGAGAGGAAAAGAAAAAAAUCGUGCUUGUACUAAAACAAAAAAGGAAGAAAAACGAGCUAAUUUUGCUCGCAUUAUACUCGACUGAUUACGCGUGCGCUAAUUUUACUACUCAAAGAACACAAAUCGUCAGCUGCUAUAAGUAUUUAAUUCUUAAGAAUUAUUUUUUUUACACGAAAAUAUAUAUUUUCCGGUAUUAUAUGAAAUGCUCGCUGUGACGUGUCUCAGUAGUCCGAUCUGAUCAACGAAGAAAGUAGAUACACGCGUACACAGAUUACACAUAUAUACACACGCUGUACACAUUACACGAUUACUGACUUUUGUAGAUAAGAACGAUGCCAGAUGGAGUACUGAGAUAAUCAUUAGCACAUGGAGACUGAUGCUUUUCAUAUAGGUAAAAUAUAUAUUGAUAUAUAUAUACAUAUUAUUUAGAUUAGAAAAGAUUCCAACGCAUAUGCAGUAUAUUAUACGUAAGUUGUGCCUGUGUAUGAUGCAUGGAUGUAUUGUACUUACGAGUACAUGAGAGAAAUUGUGCGUAUUAAAGCAUGCAUGUCAGAAUAAGAGAGAAAAGGAGAAAGAGAGAGAAAAUGAAAGAAGCCACGAUAAUGAUGUACAUAAACGUGGCAUGUUAUGCCGUUACGAACGCACGUUACAUACGUGUGUACACGCAUGUAUGCAACCUAGAUCAUAUAUUUAUUUGCGAUGAAAGAUUGUAUGAAUGAAUGUAUUUCGGACGAAAUUUGUGGUUUAGAUACGAUAGCGUUUCUAUCUUGAGAGCAGACUUGAGGCUUAUCGUGAGGGCUUAUCUUAAAUAUAAAAAAAUGUUUGUUGAGAAGAGCGAUCCCCCUUAUGGUAUGCCUCAUAUUGUUUAGAAAAUAUGCUACAUUAUGGCUAAAUACGCGAGAAAUACAAGUUGUUGAUUCUAAAUAAUUUAUACGAACACAUAUUUGAUUGGAACGUAUAUUAGUUUAAUUUUUCUAUCGCGUGACUUCUCGCAAUAUACUUGUUUGUUGAAAUUUUGAUGUUUAAGUUUGAAAAAAAAAAAAUUGAUAACACAUUAAAAACAUGUUAUUGUCGUCAUAGAUUAAGUAUUAAAUAAAAGAUUUAGGAAAAAGAGAGGAUUAAUUAUAUAUUAUAUUUGAAAAAAUACAAAUCUUUUCGUGCGCGCACGUCUAGUGUAGCAUAUUUCAAGAAAUGUUCCUCCUUUAAUUGUACAUAUGAACAGUUACUUUUUAGAAGUGACACAGUGUGAUUGAUAUAUAUGAUGUACAUACAGAAUCCAGGUGCGUGUGUGCUUAUCACGCAUCGGAGAAUAGGAAGCGAUUAUGUUAAAAAAUAUACUAUUUAUGCGUAGAAUAGUCUAAAAGACUUUCUACCAAAGAUCAUCGGAAUUUAAGAGAGAGAGAGAGAGAGAAAGAAAGGGUUUUCUUUUAUCAGUAGAAAAGAUAUAUAACAACAAAAUAACAAGACAGCACGACAGAACACGAUUAUUAAAAUAAGUACCGAAGAGAUGAGACGAAAACACAUGUCCAAGACAUGUGGGCGAAGGUAAUUAAAGCGAGUAAAAAAAGAGAAAACCAUUUAUUGAGGUAAUAUAAUGAAAUGAUAAGAUAAAAUGUUAUAUUUUUGUAGAUUUGUUAUUGCGUAAAAUGCAUUAGGACACUGUGAGAAACUUUAUAUAAUUUGAGUAAAAUGACAGUUAACGAGCCUGAGAGUAGUUAAAUGAGUAAGAUCCUGUGGGAGAGAGAAAGAGAAAGAGAGAGAGAAAUACGAAAGUGCUUUAGAUGGCAUGUUAAGGAAAUGACAUCCGUGGAUAAAUUUUGCCGAAAAGAAAAAAGAAUCGAGUCCCACGUUUUCCUAUGUUUCCGGAGCUCUCAGUUUCCCGAGUUGCUUGUAGGGACAGGAAAAGAGAGAGAAAGAUUAUAUAUAUAUACACACGCAUAUAUAACAUAUAUGAAUACAGAGAUGAAUUAUAUAUAACUAAUAAUGUCAGCUUCAAUGUGCGCCGAGCAUGUGUGGAAAUUUGACCAUUUUACGCGAUGUGAAAUCAACGUCAGCGUUCGCUUCUAACGCAGUUUCUAUCGAAAUUGGCGUGUGCGUUUGUAAACCGAUAUGUUUCACGUGAUACAUACGUAAUAUGAUUUCGAAAUCAUCCGAGUCUCAUAACGCAAUUAGCGUGCGAUUACUUUGCAAGGUACACGCACCGAGGUACGACCGCUGAAAAAAAAAAAAGAAAAAAACAGUAUUCCUUUCCGAAAAAAUAAAUUUCGAAAAUUGACAAUUAUUCGUUCGUUCUCGAACGAUAUAUACACUUAUACACACACACACACACAUACACAAAACAUACAACAUACAUACAACACGUACUAGAAGCCGACUUUCUUGAAUCUGACAAAAUACGAAUUUGAGAGUAAAAUGUCACUUUACGCUUUUACGUAAAGAUAGAUGUGAUUUUCUUUCUGAGAGAAAUCGAACUCUUGAUAUCUAAUACCGGAUAUAAAACGUAAAGACACAAAUAAUAACGAUGUAACGCAACGUGAUCAGUUGCCGCUGCACUGAUACACGAAUAAUAUUCAAUAAUAAUAAUAAUAAUGAUGAUGAUAACGUGAAAUAAUUUAAUGUAAAACGCGAAGCGUGUAUAAUGCGAAAAAUGAAAAGAAAACGAGAAUCCACAUUGAAUACAACAGAAAAUACGGAAACUCGAAUGACGUAAAAAAAAAGAUUUAAAAAAAACAGGCAUGUCCGCAACUUAAAGCGUGCCUGUGCCUUUCGUUAUUGCGAUAGAUAGAGGAGAAGCGGGGCCCACGAAACAAACUCAUCUAUGAUAAUAAUAAUAUCGACAUUACCGUUGUAAAAGAAUUACAAGUAAUCUAUGAUCGUAUUUAUAUAUGAAGUAACAAUCUAUAAAUGAUCUUCUCAGAUGCAAUUGUGUGUGUUGUGAACAGAUAACUAAUAACGAAAAAUUCACAUUGUGCACCGAGUAUAAAAUACUAACUCUCGAGGGAGCGACCGAUUAUUAUAUACUUGAACGAUGAAGAGAAAUGAGUCUGUUAUUCGAGAAACGUUAUUGUUGACAAAAAAAAAAAAAAAAAAAAAAAAA